CCAUUGGUCACGGUCGUUUCGCACUGAGCCAAUCGGCGUCACCCUAUUUACAACAUGGCGGUGCUCCUGGAUCUAGUACUUGCCUGGUCCCGCCAUGUUGGCCUUCAUUUCGGCCCGCCAAGCCGGUCUCGACGAUCCGCUGCGGUUGCGCCGGGCUGAGUCCACCCGGAGGGUACUAAGCUUGGAGCUAAACAAAGAUAGAGAUGUGGAAAGAAUCCAUGGCAGUGGUGUUAACACCCUGGAUAUUGAACCUGUUGAAGGAAGAUACAUGUUAUCAGGUGGGUCAGAUGGUGUUAUUGUACUUUAUGACCUUGAAAACUUCAGCAGAAAACCAUGUUAUACAUGUAAAGCAAUUUGUUCUGUGGGCAGGAGCCAUCCUGAUGUACACAAAUUCAGCGUAGAGACAGUUCAGUGGUACCCUCGUGACACUGGCAUGUUUACAUCAAGCUCAUUUGAUAAAACACUGAAAAUAUGGGAUACAAACACAUUACAACCUGCAGAUGUGUUUAAUUUUGAGGGAACAGUUUAUAGCCAUCAUAUGUCUCCAGUUGCUACCAAGCACUGCUUAAUAGCAGUUGGUACCAAAAGCCCCAAAGUACAGCUUUGUGACUUGAAGUCUGGAUCCUGUUCUCAAAUUCUGCAGGGUCACAGGCAAGAAGUGCUGGCAGUGGCCUGGUCCCCGCAUCAUGAGUAUGUCCUGGCAACUGCAAGUGCUGACAGUAGAGUAAAACUCUGGGAUGUAAGGAGAGCAUCUGGAUGUCUGAUUACUCUUGAUCAGUACAAUGGGGAGAAGUCAAAAGCAUCUUCUGAAGCAGCAAACACUGCUCAUAAUGGAAGAGUUAACGGCUUAUGCUUUACAAGUGAUGGGCUUCAUCUUCUGACUAUUGGUACAGAUGACCGGAUGAGACUCUGGAAUAGUUCCAGUGGGGAAAACACACUGGUGAACUAUGGGAAAGUCUGUAAUGAAAGCAGAAAAGGACUCAAAUUCACCACUUCUACUGGCUGUGAUCCAGAAUUUGCAUUUGUACCAUAUGGUAGCACCAUUGCUGUUUAUACAAUCUACUCAGGAGAACUGAUAACUAUGCUUAGGGGACAUUAUAAUACUGUUGAUUGCUGUGUAUUUCAGCCUAAUUUUCAGGAACUAUAUAGUGGUAGCAAAGAUUGCAAUAUACUUGCGUGGGUGCCAGCUCUACGAGAGCCAAUGCCUGAUGAAGAUGCUGCAAAGUUUCAGCAGCCCAGCAUCGACUACGAUUCUGAUACAUAUUGGCUACUCCUCUCCUGUCUACAGUUUCCUGUGACAGUUAAAAGGUGCAGCACUGCCUCUGCAAGCCAUACCCCUUCUCCUGUUUGCUGCCAGCUCUUCUGCCUCUGCUACAGCAGUCUGGUGGUGGUUUGCAUCAUUCCUCUCCUCCUCUUUAGGUUUGUUAUAUGUACCUGGUUUUUUGGACAGUUAAAGCAUUUUUAUUUGUUUUCAAGCUUCAGUGCCUCCUUCUGGUCUGGGAUGUGAGCAGCAUCCCCAGCAGUGCCUAGGGUUGCCAGUUUUGAUUAGACGUAUUCCUGGAGGUUUCAUCACAUGACAAUCUUUAGGUAGAGAUUAGUCUUUAAUUCCUGUAGACUCCAGGGCAAUCGUGGUGAGUUGACAACCUAAGUUCCCUCUAAUGUGAGCACCUGUGUGGCCGUGCAGGAGGCCACCAAGGGAAAGCACUUAACUCCUCCAGCUCCGGGGCCGCGGCGUGGCAGGGAGCGACGCCCCUCCCUCCUGGCUCCGGCGCAGGGAGCGCUGCUUCUCCCUCCCAGCCACAGAGCUGCUGCGAGGGAGAGGCACCUUGCCCCUAGCCCCGGAGCUGUUGCAGUGAGAGAGGGUUGCAGGGAGUCCUCUCUCCCCGCCGCAGCACCGGGGCAGCCUACACCCCAAACCUCUCAUCUCCAGAGCCUGCACCCCAGGCUGUAGCCCUAACCUCUCUGCACUCCAACCAUCGGCUCCACCUGUGAGCCCCCUUCCACACUCUAAACCCCUCGGCUCCACCCAUGCCACACAUCACCUCCAUAUUGGUGCAUAUAGCAAAAUUAAUUCUGCACAUGGAUGGGAAAAGUUAGAGGGAACGUUGUUGGCAACCCUAGUAGUGCCUCCCUGCCAAGCUCCUCUGCCCUCUUUCAGGUAUGGCAGAGCAGCUGCACAAACACCAGGCAAAAUCCAAAAGGUGCUCUAUAUAUGCAUUAAGUUUCUCAGGCUUGGCAGAAGGUAAAAGGUGCCCAGCCGGCCAACUCUCUCUGCUAGGGCAUGGGGCUUUGAGUCAGACAGGCAUGUUGGGGGGCCCCUCCUCCCCAGAUAGCUGCAACUCCACUGCAAAACCCAACCAGGGGAGACAGAGCAGACCGGGGUGAGGCUCUGAGGAUGAGGACGACUCAAUCCAUGGGGUAAAUACUGGAGCAACAAAGGCCACGGGUCACCCCACAAGUCCUAAAAUGGGUCCUAGAAUCUCUGGGGAGAGAAGCAGGGCUCCUACACAACUCCGCUUCCUCACACAUUGAAUCCAGAUUCUUACCAUACUCUGUGGAUUUUGCAGGACUUAUCCCAGACUCUGGGUCCCAGAAAGGCAAAAGCAAGAGUGUCCUGUACAAGGGAGCAAGUACUAUUGUUGUGGGGUGGGGUGAAAAUCAGGGAUUAAACCACUUCUCCUUUGCCUAGGGUCAUCACCUUUCUAAUUGCUGGUAACUGGACCCCCAAGGCCCUGCCCCUUUCUCUGCCUCUUCCCCCAGGGGCCUGCCCCAAUCACUUGCUCCUCUC